AUGAAUGCAAAUGAUUGUCCAUGCCUGGCUGUAGAUGCUAUCGUACAUAACCACUACGUGGACGAUUAUCUCGACAGCAGGGAUUCUGUGGAGGAAGCGACGAGUAUUGCAACAGCAGUAAAAGAGGUCCAUGCGAAAGCCGGAUUUGAAAUCCGUAAUUGGCUAUCGAACUCGGAUGAGGUUGUGCGACGGGUCGGGGACGACAGCGUUGCAGAUCUUGCCAAGAGCUUUGCAGUAGACAAAAACAAUGGCACGGAAAGAGUUCUGGGAAUGUUGUGGCAGCCUUCCAGUGACGUUUUCACGUUUUCCAUACGCUUCUGUGAUGGGAUAUCCCAGAUAUUGAACGACAGGGUUGUUCCAACGAAGCGCGAAGUCUUGAGGGUUGUAAUGAGUCUUUUUGAUCCUCUUGGCUUAGUGGCCGCUUUCGUAGUACACGGAAAGUGUAUCAUCCAGGACAUCUGGAGGUCCAAUGUGAGCUGGGACGAGCAAAUUCCGGAAGAGAUCUUCAACCGAUGGCGUCGCUGGGUGGAAGUACUGAAAGAGCUGGAUCAAGUCACUAUCCCUCGCUGCUACUUCCCAAACUAUUCACCGAACAGCUUGGACACACUUGAAUUGCAUGUGUUUGUUGAUGCAAGUGAGGAAGCGUACGCCUGCGUUGCUUACUUUCGCAUCAUCGAUCGUGGUCAGGUCCGCUGUGCACUUGUAUCUGCAAAAUCGAAGGUCGCUUCACUAAAACCACUGUCAAUUCCGCGGUUGGAACUGCAGGCAGCGGUCAUAGGAAGCAGAUUGGUGAAGUCAAUUGAGGAAAACCACACGCUGCCGAUUCGUCGUAGAGUAAUCUGGAGCGAUUCAAGCACGGUGUUAUCGUGGAUACAGUCGGACCAGCGCAAAUACCGUCAGUUUGUGGCGGUUAGAAUCAGCGAAAUCCUAGAUGUGACCAAUAUAGAGGAAUGGCGUUGGGUGCCAACGCGCCUUAACGUAGCGGAUGAAGCAACGAAGUGGGUGAAAGAACCCAGCUUCCAUGCGGAUUGUAGGUGGUUUGUCGGACCUGAGUUUUUGUACCAGGAGGAGUCGGCGUGGCCAAAAAGGAUUCUGCCAACGAAGGACACUGCUGAGGAGAUACGCCCGAUACAUACCCAUCAUCGGAAAAUUCCUGAACCUCUGAUAAACUACAGCAGGUAUUUCAAGUGGGAAAGAUUAUUGAGAGCCACAGCAUUCCUUCUGCGGUAUGUGAAUAACUGCAGAAGCAAAAUCAACGGAGAUCCUGUCGAACUCAACCCCAUUUUGUCUCAACGGGAGCUGAAGAAUGCCGAGGAGUUUCUUUGGCGUGCCGUGCAGAUGGAGGCAUAUCCUGAUGAAGUCAUCGUGCUCGGAAGACAGCAGCAACAAUCGAGUGCAGCAAGGUUGGAAAAAACAAGCCCGCUUCACAAAUUAUCACCUUUCGUCGAUGAGACGGGAGUAAUUAGACAGGAAGGGCGAAUUGGUGCUGCCAACUACGCUUCCUAUGACGCUAGGUUCCCAAUAGUGCUUCCACGGAACCAUUACGUGACUGGACUCGUUUUGGAUUGGUAUCACCGUAAAUACGCACACUGCAACGUGGAGACUAUUGUUAAUGAGGUUCGGCAAAAAUUCCACAUUUCUAACUUGCGCACGGCAGUGCGCAAACAGAUACGAAAGUGCAACUGGUGUAUCGUCUACAAGGCUACCCCACGGGCUCCGAGAAUGGCGCCCCUUCCAGAGUCCAGGAUGUCUUCAUACGUACGUCCUUUCUCCUUUACCGGAGUGGACUAUUGCGGACCUUUCUACAUCCGGAUCGGUCGUAGUAGUGUGAAGAGAUGGGUAGCGCUCUUUGUGUGCCAAACCGUGAGAGCCAUCCAUUUAGAGGUCGCAAGCAGUCUGUCAAGUGAAUCCUGCAAAAUGGCUGUGCGACGGUUCAUCGCAAGAAGAGGUGCUCCGCAGCAGAUCUUCAGUGAUCAAGGAACCAAUUUUCAUGGCGCUAGGAAGGAGUUGAAACAGGAGAUUGCAGGCAUCAACCAGAAACUGGCUGACACCUUUACCAACUGCAACACUCAGUGGAUUUUGAAUCCACCAGCUGCCCCACACAUGGGUGGCUCGUGGGAACGACUGGUCCGUUCGGUCAAAAUAGGUUUAAACACGCUCUCUACCAGCAGGAAUCCGGACGAGGAGCCCUUUGGAACCGUUCUGGUCGAGGUCGAAGCCAUCGUGAACUCUAGGCCGCUAACGCACGUGCCACUUGAUUUGGAAGAUGACGAAGCGCUUACCCCCAAUCAUUUUUUGAUGUUGAGCUCCAGUGGUGUUGUGCAGCCAACCAAGUCGCCUGUUGAUACUGGCGCUGUUCUCAAAACCAACUGGGGCCACGCGCAGAGUCUUUUAGACCUCUUCUGGGCCAGAUGGGUAAGGGAAUACCUCCCGACUAUGAGAACACGCACCAAGUGGUUCGACGACUCUAUACCAAUUCAACCAGGAGAUUUGGUGAUGUUGGCGGAUGGUGGAAUACGGAACAGCUGGAUUCGCGGAAAGGUCGUCAGAGUUUACCCCGGAAAGGAUGGCAGAAUCCGCAUCGCUGACGUCCAAACUAGUAGCAGAGUGCUUCAGAGGCCAGUAACAAGUCUGGCUGUACUUGAGGUUCAAAGCAGCGGUACAGCUGGAAGGAAGUUCCAGCAAUACGGGCCGGGGAAUGUUGGAGACAGCCAGUUGCAUACCGGUCUUGAAGCGAGCCAAAUUGCAGCAGGGCAGCUGACUGGGCGUAACGCUACGCUUGACAGGACAAUUGACAUCAUGGAUGACAGAACAGGUGACAGGACAGAUAAGGAGAGUUAUAAGAGAACAAAUAAAUAG